UUGUUGAACCGCUUGCAUCAAGGUCCACAUCACAAAUUGAUGCAGGAGCGUAGCCCGACCUGCGCCCGUGCACCGCACUUCGUUCACCCCAAGAGUGCUGGGACCAACGCCACGGAAAGUGCGGCGCUAACAUCCGAAAGUGUUCACAGCAAUCUGAGCAAUGCUGAGACUUCAUCUUGUGCUGAUGGUGAUCUGAAGCUGAUGGAUUUCACUCCUCAUGGGGCGAGCACUUCAUGUUGCCCUCUUUCAAAGAUGGAAUGCUCAGGCUGUGCAUCAUUUUCAGGUGGCACCUGCCAUAAAUGCGAAGGUGGUUUCAUCAAACGUGGUGGUGUUUGUGUGUCCUGUGCCAGUUCCAGUGAUUGGGUUAGUGAAGCAGGCCUCUCUUGCUUGCAAAUUGCAUCCUCGGAUUGCAACGACAUUCCAGUCAAAGGUCAAAGUAGCAACCAGGCCUGCUGCACCUGUGGUGGUGGUCAUUUGACACCAACACCUUUCGAGUAUCCCAGGCUUCGCUGGUCGUUGUCCUCAGAGAUUUUGUUGAAACCUGAGCCUCGCACGGCAGAUCGCUACACGGUGGAUUCUGCUUGUGAGUUGGCAGCCCACAACCUGACCAUGGACGGCUCCACGGGUGUCAUUUCCUAUGUAUCAGGAAAGGACAAACCAAAGGAGGGCUUCAGUUUCCAAUGUGAAGUGACUGCCCAUCAGGCACCGCAGGUGAGCCUCACUGCAAUUGUAACACUUGCAGCUGACUAUUUGAACUACAAGUCAGAAGCAUUAGUGUUCCACAGUUCCACCACAGCAGCUCCACUGGGCUCAUCAUCUUGGCACAAAUUUGCAAUGACCUGUGCGCCUGAAGUCCCGUGGCUUCACUUGAACUCACAAAGUGGAACACUCAGUUUGACAAGCGCUAGCAGCAGCGGUGGUGUUUCUGUGGUUGAUGAUUUCCUUGGCCAGGAUGGGGCAGUUUGUGUGGUUUCUGCUUGGCUUCACAACCCAGCCAAACAACAUCAAACGUCCUUUGCCGUGCUGAAGCCACGGCCGUGGCCCAGCUUGCAAUAUGACUUGGCCAGCGUAUCUGUCUCACUGGGGCAGGAGCUGCCUCCAUUGAAGCCUCAAGUGCAUUCAGAGCCCGGAACUAUGAAGCCUUUCACUUUCAACAUGGCAUGCAGUGUGUCGGGCUCCAGUGGCUCCAGUUUCUUCUAUGAUCGACUUCUACACAUGGGCUUUUGUAGAUGGUCACAGUGUGCUGGAACUUGAUCUCGAUGGACAGAUCACUGUGGCACCGGCGGCCACCUUGACUUCUCUUUUCGAUCGUUCGACGCAGGAUCAGAGCCGCAAGUCCAUCACCUUGUCCUGUCGGAUCUUCGGCAUCUUUCCAGACGUGUCGCUUCAUCCGGUUCAAACGACCAUGACCAUUCACAUUCAGGACAGCAUUUGUUGGGUGAAUCAAGCCAUCCGUGGUGUGGCCAUCUUAGAUGCAGCUGCCACAUCUUCGGUGCAAUGCCGCAGUCGGUGCAGGUCAAGUGAGGUCUGUGCCAACUAUCGCUUUGCCUCUGGCUCGUGCCUGCGCUAUGAUGUGCGGCAAGAUGGGCAGGAAGUGACUGUGAAUGCCAAAGUCACCAAUUGCACGGAGGCAUCGUGCAUGCAAGUCAUACAUGGUAAGUGGUACCUUGCAGGAAGAUAUUGCCCAAUGGGCUAUGAUGCUUUGAAGGGUGGGAUCAUUUACCGUCGUGAGCAUGUCACCCCACAGGAUGCCGUGUAUCUCUAUCGUCAUCGACCAGGUGACAGCUGCUCGGCUAGUCAGUGGAUUUUGCAAAAGAUCGCCGAGGGCGACUAUGCCGAUGCGUCGCGAGGCAUUUUCGAACUCAAAGGCCCAAGCCUCGAAUGUCUGGCGCACGACAAGGUCCAUUUUGCCCUCAACGCCUGCCCAACCGCGCCAUUGCAGUGGGAACAGGAGGACGAGGAAGCUUUGCCAUCUCUAGUCUUGGAUGAUCCAGGAACGCCAGAUGCAGCCGACUACUGGCUUCAUCCAUGCGAUUGUGCACCUACUGCCUGGACAACUGAAGCCCCAGUCAACGCUGAGAGUUUUGAAGACCUCCCCGCAGAUAGUCGCAACAACUUCAUUCCAAGCCCCUACUCUGUGGUUUCAGGACAGUUGGUGUGUCCAUCCAGGCAGCUGCUCCCAAAUGGCAUCCAUUUCCAAACCGAAGAGGAACUGCAAGAGCCCUCCGACUGCGAAUCUCGCUGCCGCGAUGACGAAACUUGUCAGUUCUUCUGGCAUGGUUCACAACAUGGUGCAGCGACAUGCCGGCUUUUCAGCGGCUGUGAUACCUUGGUGAGGGAGUUUAGUUUGGAAGGUGAUUUGAAGGUCUUGCCCCGGUCUCGAAGUUGCCAAGUGGCAGAUGCGGAUGCAUGUUGGGCUACCAGCCUUCGCCGGAGCUUUCUUUCCAUGAGCUUUGAUCCUUCAGGAACGGGCCCUGCCCAGCCGAUUGUGCCAACUGACACUGUGCCACCUAAGCCCGAUGAUCCACCUGCAGAGGGCAUGGUCUCCUGGUUCAAAAGUGAAAACGCCGGAUCGACUUGGCCCAGUUCAGUGGGAAAUUUUGAAGGAAAGGCGCUACACAAAUCGGUGACCAGGGAGGUCGUUGCUGGCUAUGGAGCGGACCGGCCAGUGACCUACAUCAAAGGAAGAGAAUGGAUGGCCUAUGAGUUUGGCAAAGUCAUUCCCACGACCUUCACUCUUUGCUCAGUGACCCGCUACACUGGGACAGUCGGUAUUGGUGAGCCUCGCGGACGGAUCUUGCAGACGAAGGAAUCAAACUUCCUUCAUGGCCAUUGGUCUGACCGCAUCAACGUUGUCCACUAUAACACAUGGGUCACGGGGACAGACACUCCCCCGACAAACAUGGAGUGGGUAGUCCUGUGCGGGACAAAUGGUGCCCCAAGAGUGUAUUUGGGAGUACGCGGCAACGAUCUCCAAAACAUCGCAACGGCACAGGCUCAACCAUUGAGCCAGGACAACACUCUUGUGAUCAAUACAGGACUGCAUCAUCAAGAAACGUCUGCUUUUGCAUGCAUGGAGGUCAUUACAUGGAAUCGGGCACUAUCACAUGAGGAGAUGGUGACGCUUGUUUAA